UCUGCGCAGUAGAGCUUCCGCCAGCGGAGAUCAGAGAGCGCAACCAGCCGGUACCAGAUCUAAAUACAAACAAUGGGCAAGAAGCACAAAAAGCACAAGUCCGAAAAACAUGGAUAUGAAGAGUACGGAGAGAGACCGCUGAAGCUGGUGUUGAAAGUGUCUGGGAACGAAGUGACGACGGGAAGCUCGAGUCUGGACACUUUUUAUGACGAACAGCCGGCGGACUAUGACAAACCAAAGGAAAAGAAGAAGAAAAAGAAGAAGGAUAAAGAGAGGAGCUUUGGGUCACCAGAGGACGACAGAGGAAAGAAAAAGAUGACAAAGAAGAAGAAAGGACAGGAUGCAGAUGGAGAUGAUGAACAAAGCAGAACUCCUAUACGCUCCGAGCUGGAUAAACUGGAAGAAAAAGAACAAACUCCUCUGCAGGAAGCUUUGAACCAGCUCAUCAGGCAGCUCCAAAGGAAAGAUCCAAGUGCAUUCUUUUCAUUUCCGGUGACGGACCUCAUUGCUCCUGGCUACUCUGCUAUUAUCAGACGGCCUAUGGACUUCAGCACAAUGAAGGACAAAGUGAAAAAAGAGUACUAUCAGUCGUUGGAUGAACUCAAGGUGGACUUCAGGAUUAUGUGUGAAAAUGCCAUGAUUUACAACAAACCGGAGACGAUUUACCAUAAAGCAGCUCGAAAACUGUUGCACUCUGGGAUGAAGAUCUUGAGCCAGGAAAGAGUAGAGAGCCUGAAGCAGAGCAUAGAGUUCAUGUCUGGCCUCGACCCUUCUGCCAAACUGCCGGGAAAGACUGAGGACCAAGGAGGCUCCAGCCUGGACCAGAACCGAGAGGGACCCUCAACCACAGACACCAGCGAGAGAUCCCAGACACCCAGCACACCCAGACAGGACAAGGACUCCAAGGACGAGGCAGCAAAGAUAGAGAAAGAGCUCGAGGAAAUCCGCAAGGUCAUCGAGGAGUCUGGAGGAAAACUGUCCAACAGAGUGCUGCAGUGUGAUUUUGAGUUUGGAAGGCGGAAGUCUGACGGCUCCACCACUCUGGCCAUCCUCAACCCAGCAGAUCCAUCAGCAGGAGAUGCUGGUUACUGUCCUGUGAAACUGGGCAUGAUGUCCAAUCGGCUGCAGAGCGGCGUGAACACCCUGCAAGGCUUCAGGGAGGACAAGAGGAACAGGAUUACUCCAGUGUCCUACGUCAACUACGGGCCGUUCACCUCCUACGCUCCCACGUACGACUCCAGCUUCGCCAACAUCAGCAAGGAGGAUUCUGACCUUAUCUACUGUGACUAUGGCGAGGAGUCCAGUCCUCAGGGCUCAGACAGCUUGUCAGAGUUCCUGGCCAAAUCAGACGAGUAUGUGUACAAACUGGCAGACAAUGUUCUGGAUGCGUUGACGAACGGAGAACAUUCAAAAACCCUGAAGGACACUGAGCCAGUGAAGGCGACAACAAAUACACAAGAGGACCAGGUUGACAUGACGGUAGCCGAACCCGAAGCAACCAACUCCAACAGGCUGGACUUCCUGCGCUCUGCUGCCCACCUGCAAGGGGCUGAGGAGCUCUCUGGGGAGGCCCUGCACUUUCAGAAGAAAUUGGACGAGACUACAAAGCUCCUGCGUGACUUGCAGGAAGCACAGAAGGAGCGUCUGAGCGCCAAGCAACCACCUAACAUGAUUUGCUUGCUGGCCCCGACUGCCAAGGAGCUGGAGCUGGCUGAGAAGGUAACCGGGAACUUGGCUGAGCUGACGGGUCAGGUGGCCCCGUGUGACGUCAGCAGUGUGUACGGCAUCAGGAAGGCCAUGGGCAUCGCUCUGCCUCCAGAACCACCUGGGCCCUUUAUUGACCUCACUACAGUGCAGGAGAUGGCUGAACCAAUGGAGACCUUGCCCAGUUGUCAGGAUACAGCUCCAGCCAUCGCUGUAUAAUGAAAUUCCAACCAUCGUUACAGUUUAAUAAGUUAAGUUUUGUACGAAAGGUGCUUUUUGUGUGACAUUUGUAUGCAUUUCAUUCAAUAAAACUUUUUUUAUAUAAA